CCGAUUUUCAGGAACCAUGUCAACAUUGUACAUGAAUCAUGAACUUUUUCAGCUAUUCACACAUGCCAUAAUAUUUAUUCCUACUCUUUCCCAUUACGUGCCGUCUCGGGCUCUUGGUUUCUGAAAACUGUUGUAUUUUUAGGUUAUAAGAUGCCUGAUAUCCUUUUGGUAUCAGACCAGGUUACUACAUUGCAAUAAUUUGUAUUACAUGAAAAUGUUGGCUAUAUUUGGUGAUGUCCAAAUCCAGGAAAAGAGGAUAAAAUCUCUGAAACGCCGAAUAGAAACCUGGCGUGUAUUUCUCGUUGCACUAUAUCCAGUUUUAAUAUGGACAGAACCUUGGUAUCCUGCCCCAAUUAUUGGAACUAUUAGCACCAUAUUUAUAUUGUACUGGUACUGGGACCCACCAAUCAUCACCAGCAUUUCUUUAUUUUUUAUGCUAGCAAGUUUGAUUGACUAUAUUGUUCCCAGAAUCACUAUGUCAAUCUCUCAUCCACAGCAUUGGACGGCAGCCAAAGAAAAACAGUUUGAAAUAAUAUGUGAAUCUCUAGUUAAAACACAAGACAACAUCUGCAAACAGAUAGCAUACUUAAUGGAUCUCAAAGAAAAACGGCCUAAAAUGUACUUCCUGUCUCUGUUUUCAUUUUGUACUCUUUUAGCUUGGAUAGGCUAUACUGUGAACAACCGGAUUAUAUGUCUUACCCUAGUAACACUCAUUGCAUUGUACCCUGGUGUCAAACACAAUGGAGUAUCAAAAAAAAUUCUUUCGGUAUUUUUGAACCGAAUCACAGACGGAAUACGAUCGUACACAGAAAAGAAUUCUGUCAAAAGUAACUGAACGAUAAAAUCAACGUCUCCAGAAUUCCAUCCACUUCUAAGCAUUUUAGAUAACAUUGGAGACAUUUAAAGAUAUUUUGGCAUACUAGUCUUUGUACUCAAUGGUUCAGUUCCUUGGUUUGUAUUGAUGUAAACAUUAAUUUAUUAAUUGUACAUUUGAGUUUAAUCAUUCAGUAAUUAGGAACUGUAAUAAAAAUGCCAACUGAAA